AGUGAACACCUGGCUUGCUUGCUGGUCACUUUUUGAAUUGUUCAAAGACCCAGCUUUGACAGCGAAACUCGCGCUCAUCCAACACAACCUGAUCCUUCUCCCGGGCCACUGCUGUCGUCGCCGGACUCCUCCAACCCACCCGAUAUCCUGACAAGGACAAUCAGAGUUCUUCCUUCCGUCUUUCCAAAACAGUGGUUGCCUUCGGUACUAGCUCACAUUCAAGAUGUCGAUGCCAAUGCCCGGCCCCAUGCAGAUGGGCCCCAACGGGCAGCCCAUGCCCUCGCCUGAGCAGAUCGCGGCAAUGCGCAGACAAAUAGAGGCCGAUGCCGCGAAGGCUGGCAUGAGUGUACCGGAUUUCCUCAACCAUCUCCGACAGCAAGCUAUGCAGCAGCAGCAAGCGGCGCGACUCGCCCAGCAGCAGCAGCAGGGCGGCGAGGGUGGCGGAGAGGGCGAGCAUGAUCACGACCACGAUCAUGGCCCUGGUCACCAGCACCCUCACCAGCACCCGCAGCAGCAGCAGCAAGCCCAGGGCCAGCCUCAGCCCAUCAGGCCUGGUCCCCCUAACCCUGUUGCGCUGGCCCUCGCCACCUUUUUGCGCAGCCAGGAUCUGAAGCCCCGUACUUGUAUUCUCAACGGCGAGCGCAAGGACAUGUUCAAGGUCAAGCGAGCACUUCGCGCCCUGCAGUCCCCCGCCUACGAGAAGGCGCGCAAGAAGAACCCCGCGCUUCCUGAGAUCACCGACCGCGCCUCUUUGGAGAACACCUUCAAACUACUACCCAUGUCAAUGCUUGCGCUACGCGUGACCAAGUCCGACCCGCACGAAGGCCAUGACCACGGACCGAAGAAGACGAAGCGCAUUAAGGGUCUUUGGACCGUCCGCAUCGAGCCUCAGCAAGAGGCCAAGGAGGAGAUGUACUACGCAUGGUUCUGGGAGGGCAGCCAAGUGAAGCGCAAGCUUUACUCGAUCCUCGCCCUCAUCCUGAUCUUCAUCGUUGUCUGCUAUCCUCUCUGGCCUCUUAAGCUCCGACUCGGCGUGUACUACCUCAGUUGGGGAUUCCUCGGCCUGCUCGGUCUGUUUUUCCUCAUGGCCAUCUUCCGUGUCAUCCUCUUCUGUGUCACCUACUUCGUUGCGUCUCCCGGCCUCUGGCUAUUCCCCAACCUCUGGGAGGACGUCUCAUUCGUCGACAGCUUCAAGCCCGUCUGGGCCUGGCAUGACACUGCUCCGAAGAAGGGCAAGAAGAAGAAGUCGGCGUCCUCUGGUGCAGCGAACGCCAGUGGCACCUUCGCUGCUUCUACCGGUCAACCUCUCCCGGCUUCCGCGACCACGACCGCGACGGAGACCCAGAUUGCGUCGGAGCCCUCGCAACGCGCCGGCUAUGUCGCGCCAGCUGUGGAAGAGCUGGGUGAUGACGAGGAGUAAAUGAAUUUCGAGGCGACGAUCCGCAUCACACAGGCGUUUGUGGCUUUAACGGUUGGAGGACUGUACUUGUAGAUAUGCCCGGCAUUCAGUAUGCUGCUUCCUGGGUUCUAUUGGUCAAAAGAUUAUGUUGGUACAUCACAUCGGUCAGAUUGGUUCUUUGACACUUAAUUGAGCCGGGGGGGGUCCCAAAAG